AUGAGUGGGUUGUUGCAUACCACAUCACGGUCAGAAGCAGAGAAUGGCGUAUACGGUAAAUUCACACGCCCACAUUCUAGUUUGGUAGAGUUCUACAUGCAAUUCGAGAGCGUGUUGGGAACACAGCGCUACCGGCAAGAUAAAUUGAACGCACAGUGCGAGGGAUACCUGCCAGAGUUUAAAACACCUUUAGCACUCGAGCGACAUAUUGCACAGCUGUUCACGAUCACUAUGUUUUACGAGUUACAGAAAGAAAUAGAAGCUGCUUGUUUUUAUUGUUCUGUGGUCGGUGUACGACAAGACGGGGACAGCACUUAUUACGACAUUGAUGGUGAGUACACCAUUAUUUCGACCGUGCACUACAAGGUAAGCGGUCUUGGAACGUCAUGUAGCUGCAACUUGUUCCGAAGAAUGGGCCUAUUCUGUCGACAUAUGUUUGUGGUUUUCAGGGGUGCCCAGUUGGAACAAUUACCGCCCGAAUACAUUGUGAGCCGUUGGUGCAAACACCUAAACUGUGGUGCAUGCAAGGGUCUCCCGUCUGAUGGUGAUAAACCCACACCCGCAGCAACCCAACUAUGGAUUGAGAUAAACACGUGUGUUGGGUUAGUAGGUAAUAGCAUAGAACGACAAACACGGAUGGUGGCGGUACUUCAGGGUCUUACCGCUAAAUUUGCUAGUGACGGUAUAUCUGUGAACCCGGUUAAGGGUAACCGUGCUGCAAUCCAGGCAUUAUGUGGCGUGGAGCCACCACAAUCCAUAACAAUCCAAGCCCCUGCCCAAGCAGAAAACAAAGGCACCGGGAAGCGCAUUAAAAGCAGUAGGGAGUUAGCCAUCGAGAAAAAUGUGAAACCCGACCGAAAGUGCGGGAUUUGUGGCAAAUACGCCUGGCAUAACGCUCGUAGUUGUCCCUCAAAGUAG